CUCGUGUUAGUGUGAGCAGGAACAGAACACUUGAGCAGAAAAUGGCAGAAGUCCCUCCAGCCGCUGCACCGGCCAAAGCCGCCAAGAAGAAGGUUUCCAAGCCGAAGGCAGCUGGCCCCAAAGUCAGCGAUCUCAUCGUUGAAGCUGUGGCUGCAUCCAAGGAGCGAAGCGGCGUGUCUCUGUCCGCCGUCAAGAAGGCUCUGGCUGCCGGAGGCUACGAUGUGGAGAAGAACAAUUCCCGCGUUAAGACCACCAUCAAGAGCCUGGUCGUUAAUGGGACUCUGGUCCAGAUCAAGGGCAUCGGAGCGUCCGGAUCAUUCAAGAUGAGCAAGAAGGUUGCCGAGCCUAAGACCAAGAAGCCCGCAGCCAAGAAAGUCGCUCCUAAAGCCAAGAAGCCCGCAGCCAAGAAACCUGCAGCGGCCAAAAAGCCCGCGGCAGGAAAGAAGUCUCCCAAGAAGGUGAAUAAACCCGCAGCAGCCAUGAAAGCAGCCCCCAAGAGCCCUAAGAAGGCCACCAAGAGCCCGAAGAAGGUCGCUAAAAGCCCCAAGAAGGUGGUGAAAAAGGCCCCUGCAGUCAAGAAAUCCCUCGCAAAGGUCGCCAAACCCAAAGCGAAGAAGGCAGCACCCAAGAAGAAGUGAGCUGUCAUCAGACUGAUCUGACUAAGAUCCACAAAAGGCUCUUUUAAGAGCCACCCAUUUUGUCAUAAUGAGCAUAUUUCUUGUGUCAAUAACUGCAGUCAGAAUAAGAUGAGAGACGAGAUGCAAAACGUCUUAUUAUGAACACGUUUGCUAGUAUGAACAUGUUUGAUCUCAGACAUCGAGACAGUAUGUGCAAUUUGAUAAUAAUGAAUAACCUUAAUAUUCAAAUGAUGUCAUGGUUAUUAUACUUAAGGGGCAAUCCGAUUAACAGAAACUACUGUUGAAUAUGUACAAAGUCCAGAAGUGUAGUUAGCGCUAUAACCAGCCCACAGCACACACAGCCCAUCACACACUACAGCCACCGUUCAUCCACAGAUUCAUGCCAUUAUCUUCCAAACUGUUUCUUUUGCUUUAUUUCUGUUUCCAUACUUGAAUAUUAUUAUACCAGUGGCCAAUCUUCAAUUAUUUAAUUUAA